AUGUCUCGUCUGUCUCAGCUACAGAAGUUCGAAGGUCCAGAUCCGGCCUACUGGGUCAAUCAGGGCUAUGUCGUCUUAAAUCCAGAUUCGCGAGGUGCCUAUGCUUCCCAAGGCAACAUCACGUACUGGGGUCGGCAGCUUGCUGAGGAUGGUUACGACUUCAUCGAAUGGGCGGCUCAGCAGUCAUGGUCGUCGGGAAGAGUCGGGAUGUCUGGUAAUUCAUGGCUUGCGGCUUCGCAAUGGUUUAUCGCUGCAGAACGCCCUCCUCACCUGACAGCAAUCGCUCCUUGGAGCGGAUUCUCGGACCUUUUCCGUGAAGUCACCAAUAGAGGAGGUGUACCCGCUCCGGGCUUUGAGGAGGCUAUUAUAACAAGGCUCGCUGGGAAGUCCUAUGUCGAAGAUGUGCCGAGAAUGUGUAUCAAAGAAUACCUCUACAGCCCUUACUGGCACGACAAGAAAGCUCGCCUAGAAAGGAUCUCCGUUCCAGCUUAUAUUGUUGCCAGCUAUACGGAUAGUCUGCAUACGCAUGGAACCUUCGAAGGUUAUCGGCGUAUAAAUAGCUCUCGAAAGUGGCUACGGGUACACAAUUCUACCGAGUGGCAUGACUACUAUCAGCCAGAGCAUGUCGAAGAACUACGCGCCUUUUUUGACCAUUUCCUCAAAGACAAGAAGAAUGACUGGGAAUCCACACCACAAGUCCGCAUCUCCAUCUUAGAUUGGACUUUUGGAGAUGAAAUUGAUGCAAUUCAAUCGGACUGGCCGGUACCGCAGACAAUACCCAAGACGCUCUAUCUUAGUGGGCCUAGCACUCUAUCCACGAAACCUAUUUCGAUCGCGUCGUUUAGUUCCUACAAUGUAACAAUAUCUUCUGGAGUGAGCUUUACUUUUAAAGCUACCGAAAAAAUGGACAUCAUUGGAUACAUGAAGCUACGCCUCUGGGUUGAAGCUAGGCAAUCUGCCGAUAUGGAUUUAAGCGUGAAAGUCGAAAAGGUAUCCGCUGGCGGCCGAACCUUGCAUGAUAUCAGUAUCAAUGAGGACAGUGGUGUUCGAGGUGCAACCGGCCUACUCCGUGUCUCGACCCGAGCGCUAGAUACGAUGCGGUCCACAGAAGCCGAACCGUACCUACUUCAAGAUCGUGAACAGAUUCUAGAGGAGGGACAGAUAGUUCCUGUGGACAUUGGUCUUUGGCCUAGUGCUUUACGUAUCCACGCCAAUGAGUCGAUUAUUGUCACAAUCACUCCGGCAGCCAUUCAGGCUACGGAUGUGGAUUCGGGUACUGGUACUGCCGAUAUUCGCAUACCCGGCUGGCGCUGA